UAACUUAGCAUUCGUGAUACAUUUGCCUGAUACUCAAAAUUACAAAACAACCCUACCCUUCUUCCUCAUUAAUCAGAUUGUCAAGACGAACCCCUACGCAAAGCGGCGCACUGGACCUUUUGCAGCGGGGCACGAUACAUACCUUCGGCGGCGAUGGGAGUACCGGCGUUUUACCGCUGGCUAGCGGAGAAGUACCCAAUGGUCGUUGUUGAUGUUAUAGAGGAAGAAGCCGUGGAAAUUGACGGCAUUAAAAUUCCCGUCGAUACAAGUAAACCUAACCCUAAUCAAAUUGAGUAUGACAACCUUUAUCUCGAUAUGAACGGAAUAAUCCAUCCCUGUUUUCACCCUGAAGACCGGCCUUCUCCAACGUCUUUUAAUGAGGUGUUCCAGUGCAUGUUUGACUACAUCGAUCGGCUCUUUGUGAUGGUGCGACCUAGGAAAUUGCUUUAUAUGGCUAUUGAUGGUGUUGCUCCAAGGGCAAAAAUGAACCAGCAGCGAUCUAGGCGGUUUAGAGCAGCCAAAGAUGCAGCAGAUGCGGCAGCUGAGGAGGAGAGGCUUAGAGAGGAGUUUGAGAGGGAAGGCAGAAAGCUUCCUCCCAAACAAGAAUCACAAACUUUCGACUCAAAUGUCAUCACCCCUGGGACUGAAUUUAUGGCUGUUCUCUCUGUUGCUCUCCAGUACUAUGUUCACCAAAGAUUAAACAAUGAUCCUGGAUGGAAGCCUAUAAAGGUUAUCCUUUCGGAUGCUAAUGUUCCUGGUGAAGGGGAACAUAAGAUAAUGUCAUAUAUUCGCCUGCAAAGGAACCUUCCUGGUUUUGAUCCAAACACCCGCCAUUGCUUAUACGGAUUGGAUGCUGAUCUCAUCAUGUUGGCUUUAGCUACCCAUGAAGUCCACUUUUCGAUACUUAGAGAGGUUGUAUUUACUCCUGGACAACAAGACAAGUGUUUUCUUUGUGGUCAAAUUGGUCAUUUAGCAGCAACUUGUGAAGGAAAGGCAAAGAGGAAAGCUGGGGAAUUUGAUGAAAAAGGAAAUGCUGAGGUUGUGCCCAAGAAACCAUACCAGUUUCUCAACAUAUGGACUCUUAGAGAGUACCUUGAAUAUGAGAUGAGGAUUCCUAAUCCUCCUUCCAAGAUUGAUUUUGAGCGAAUAGUUGAUGACUUUAUCUUCAUAUGUUUUUUUGUUGGGAACGACUUUCUACCACAUAUGCCCACUUUGGAAAUACGUGAGGGUGCAAUUAAUUUACUGCUAGCGGUGUAUAAAAAGGAGUUUAGGAGCCUGAAUGGGUAUCUGACUAAUGGAAGCAAGCCAGACCUUAAGAAAGUGGAGCAGUUUAUUCAGGCGGUGGGGUCAUACGAAGAUAAAAUAUUUCAGAAAAGAGGGCGGUUGCAUCAGAGACAAGCGGAAAGGAUAAAACGUGAGAAAUCUCAAGCAAAAUCUCAAGCAAUGAGAGGAGAUGAUGCGGCACCACAAAUGGAACCGGACUCAUUAGUUCCAGUCGGCCGCUUUCAGGGAUCACGUCUUGCUUCUGGACCUUCCCCCUCACCAUACCAACCCCAUUCUCAGCCCCGACCACAAAAACUUGCACGCCUCUCCACCUCUUCUUCUGUUGGUGCUGCCAUUGUUCAAGCCGAGUCCAGUCUUGAAAAUGAUGUACUUGACAAUAAGGAAGAACUCAAAACAAAACUCAAGGGGAUACUUCGUGACAAGUCUGAUGCUUUUAAUUCUGACCAGCCGGAGGAAGAUAAGAUAAAAUUGGGAGUGCCUGGAUGGAAAGAGAGGUACUAUGAAGAGAAGUUCUCUGCAAGUUCCCCUGAAGAGCUUGAGGAAAUACGGAGAGAUGUUGUCUUAAGAUACACAGAAGGCUUGUGUUGGGUGAUGCAUUAUUACUACGAAGGUGUCUGUUCCUGGCAGUGGUUUUACCCAUAUCAUUAUGCGCCGUUUGCUUCUGAUCUUAAGGAUCUUGGAGAAUUAAACAUCAGUUUUGAACUCGGUUCCCCAUUCAAACCGUUUAAUCAACUGAUGGGCGUGUUUCCUGCUGCAAGUUCCCAUGCUCUUCCCGAGCAUUAUAGAAAGUUGAUGAUGGAUCCGGACUCGCCUAUUAUCGAUUUUUACCCAACAGAUUUUGAAGUCGACAUGAAUGGGAAGCGUUUUGCAUGGCAGGGAAUAGCAAAGUUGCCUUUCAUUGAUGAAGAUCGCCUUCUUGCAGAAGUGUCAAAAGUUGAGCAUACUUUAACGGAGGAAGAGGCUCGGAGAAACAGCACGAUGUGUGACAUGCUUUUUGUGGCAUUAUCACACACAUUAUCUCCAUACAUAUUCUCUCUAAACGACCGAUGUAAGCAGUUAUCCGCCAAGGAACGAGUUGAAGUCAAAGAACAAAUCGACCCACUCGCGAGUGGUGGGAUGAAUGGGUAUCUAUCCCUUUGUGGCGGAGAUCCCUGUCCUCCGAUAUUUAGCUCACCUGUUGACGGCAUGGAUGACAUCAUGGAUAAUCAAGUCAUAUGUGCUAUUUACAGACUGCCGGAAUAUCAUAACCAUAUUUCUCGACCACCUGCAGGGGUCAAACCACCAAAAAAGACGGUGACAGUGGAUGAUUUACAACCAGAGCCUGCUUUAUGGCAUGAAGAUUCUGGAAGAAAGCCCUGGGAGAACGGAAGGAGUGGGCAGAACAGGCAGCAUAACAACUACAACAAUAACAAUAAUAAUAAUUAUAAUAAUAAUAACCAGCACCAGCACCACCACCACCAAUCUGGGCGGCAGCUUGGAGAUGCUGCACAUCGACUUGUGAACAAUAGCUUACAAAUAAAGACAGAUAGAAGAAAUAGUCAUUAUCAUCAUCCAUACGAUCCACGCCCACCCCCUUUCCAUGCUGUUAGACCACCACCACCACCAGCAGCAUCCUAUCAUCACAACCAAAGUAGGAUGGUGCAGUCGCAAUCGGGCUAUCAUCCUUCUCCACAAUCACAUAACUAUGCCCAACCCCAACCUUAUGCUUCACCUGCCCAUGCCAAUUACAGUAGUAGUAGGUCAGUUUCAGAUCAUCAAACCCCUGGAUACGAAUACGAUCCACGUGUCACCCAUCAAACUCCACAUGCCGUUACUCAUUACUAUCCACCCCAGGGUUACAAUAACAGUGGUGGCUAUGGUGGUGCCGCCAAUCAGACUGCAGGAUGGGCAGCCGCUCGUGGGAAUCAGGGUGGCGACAGAGGAGGAGGAAGACAUCAUCAUGGCGGAGGCAACCAAUUCUCAGCAUUGAAUAGAAGACCCCCUCAUCGCCGUUAGAUAUGUAAUGUCUAUGUUUAUGUUUAUGUUGGAAUACAUAACAUAGAGAUAUGUAUCAUAUGUGUCCACUUAUAUCAAAUUCAUUCCAUAGGUUCAGCUCAGGAUAUUAGAUGAUUCCUCUCUAAUUUUUGUUGUAUUUAUACUUGCCUUUGAUGUUCCUUAUCUUUUUAUCGAAUUCACUAAUAAAACCCAGAAAAUCUUUAUUCCAA